AUGGCCUCCAGAUCGAGCAUCACGAAAAAGGCCUGCGACGGCUGCAAGAUUCGCAAGAUUCGCUGCGGAGGCGGCCAACCCUGCCAGUCUUGCUUCAACGCGCGCAUCAAGUGCACCUACAUUCGGGUUCAGCAGCCCCGUGGCCCUCAGAAACUGCGUGCGACAACAAACAGAUCUCGGAUCCCCACGAAUAUCCUCGCCGCCCCGCUCUAUAUCUACCACGUUCGGAUGUACCCCGUCUGGCCCAUUGUGGACGUUGAGACCGUCAUGUCCAUCCUGCAACAGGAUACCGAGGAGCAAGACCAUGAAACCUAUGCGCUGGCCACCGCGGUGGCAGCAGCGACAAUUGCGCAGCUCAGACUCGGACAGAAUUCGCUCCCCGACAAGUCGAUAACUGCCGAGACGUUUGCGACCGAGUGUAUGAAAGCGCGUAGGUUAUGCGAUUACCGCUCGAAGCUCAAUCUGAACAACGUGAGGACCGCGUUCUUCCUGCAUGUCUACUACGAGAACCAACAGUCAGGGGCCAGCGAGUCCCUGCUGUACUUGAGGGAGGCCAUAACACUGGCACAGAUGAUGUGCCUCCAUCGAGAAGCCUCAUACAGCAGCCUUCCACCGGACGAGCAGCAGAUGCGCCGUCGUGUGCUGUGGUUGCUCUUCGUCACAGAACGCGGCGUUUGCAUCCUCCAUAAACUUCCGGUAGUCUUGAGGACCGACAUAUCCACUCCGGAGCUCGAUGCCAACGACGAACCUCAGGUCUUGCCCGCAUUUCUGAAACUCCUCAAUCUCUUCCGCCUCUUUGAGCAGUCCAAGAUGUUCGAUAUCAUCGAGGACGAUGGUGGAAUAGACACAAUCUCCAACGAGGUCAAAAACCUAGAUAGGCGGUUCCUCCGGCUGUUGCAGGAUAACCUGCAGGACGGCUCCGCUCUGCUGGACCACAUCUCAGACGUGCAGAAAGCGGACCUGUGCGUCACCAGACACUGGAUGCGCAUGAUCCUGUGGAAGGUCUCGUCCAAGAAAAGUGGCGGCUCCCCCUCGUCCUACUCGUCGUCCCCGUCAUUCCCCAUCAUGGUCGCCAAAGAGCUCCUGAAUAUAGUCUCCCAACUACCUAGAACGGCCAUCGAGGCACAUGGUCUCGGCAUGGAGUUAAAGCUGUACGAGAUCGCCAGCUCUCUCGCCGACGCCGUAAUAGACCUAGCCAUGCUGCCGCGAGCCCCCGCAUGGGACGGGGAAAGCCGCCCCAGCAGCAUCCUGGCGCGCUUGCAUUCGAUCCUCUCCACCUUCCGGGGCGGGGGAAACAAAGAGCUAGCGGAGCUACUGUAUAAGAAGAUGGCAGACGCCCAAGCUAGCAGCGGUCCUGCAUUGGCGGCGCCCAUAAGAGACACCCACCCACCAGUCAGGAGUAAAUUGCCAGCUGAAACGACCCAUCCAGCUUCUGGUGGAGAACGACUAGCCCGGAAGAGGCCUCCAGCGGUAGACGCUGCGGGCCAUGCUAAUGCGAUCAGCAAUUGGGCUGAUGCGCUCCAACCGUCUGCCCUGCAGCCUAUUGGCCAUGAGCCCGUGCACGGUAGUACCAGUUUGAACCCCAGUGAGGGGGCCCGGUACGAUGAUCUCCAGCCACUGGAGGAUACUUCUAUGUUCUUCUCGGGCUUUCUGGGUGGCAUCGGGAUCCCAGAGACGGACCUUGCGUGUGGAUACCCUGCCACCUCCACGCCAUACCCUUUUCUGGAGGAUACCACGACUACGACCCCCUGGAGCAUAUCGCUGUCCCCUUCUCUUCCCUCUGGCUCUGUCGAGAUGUUGAUCAGCGACUUCAUCUCCCAGAUCCCGGAAGCACAUAGUAUACCAUCUGCACCGUACAUCUCCAGCAACGACUUUCUAGACCCUUCUCUCCUUAACGAGGGCUUUCUCGCUUGA